AAAAUUAUGUUAACACUUGACUUCGCUUCACUUCCGAUACCUCACUCUCCACAGGAACUCUUACACCAUUUCGUUCCCCCAUAGAAAUUCAUCAGUUCAGAAUUUGAUGAUUCGAUCUACUUCAUCGAAGUGUAGUCAAACUUCUCAACUUUCUCCAUUGAGUUCGGCCAUGAGCGCAGGCAUUUCAUAGCAGAAUCAAUCUACUUCAUCUAAGUUUAGUCAAAUUUCUCAACUCUUUCCCUUGAGUUCGGCCAUGAGCGCAAGCAUUUCAUAGCAGAAUUAUAUAAAGUAUUAUUGGAUUUCUGGCCGAAGGGUAUCAUCAUCAAUUGAGAACACAAAGUUCGCUGUUUUCCGUUCCUAAGGGUUUUAUUCCUCUCUUGAGAACACAAUUACUAGACGACAAUGAUACUCUCGGGCAAGUGUGCAUGUGCGGUCUCAUUUCAACCAAGUCUGAUGUGAUGAACUCUAUUACAAUGAAAAUACUACGUAUAAAAGACUACUCAUCAUUUCCAUGGAAGAAAAGUUGAGAGCAUGCACACGCACCAAUAGAAGCUUCAUGCUCAAAGCUACCAAGCUUAUUGUUCUAUACAGCAGGAGAACAUAUCGCAGAUUCAUUUCCAUUGGAGGAUCAAUCCCAGUUGUAACCAGUCCAGCUCCUACUCAAGAAAACAUAACUCGUCUAAUACUUGAUCAAAAGUCUGUUUCUGAAGCUCUCCAAACUUUCAGAUGGGCAUCUGAUAUACCGCAUUUCACUCACUCUCGAUCCACAUUCCGAGCUUUGAUUCACAAGUUAUGUCUUUUCCGGCGUUUCGACAUUGCCUAUCAACUGCUAGACGAAAUGCGCACCUCAGCUUGUAUAACCCCGGAUGAAGGCAUUUUCAUUACUUUUGUCCGCGGUCUUGGCAGGGCUAGAAUGAUGAAGGAGGUGAUCCAAAUACCAGAAUUGGCAUCCAAGUUUGAUCUGAACCCUAGUCUAAAGCUCAUGAAUACUAUUCUUGAUGUUUUAGUUAAGGAAGAUAUUGAUAUUGCCAGAGAGUUUUACAGGAAGAAAAUGAUGGGAUGCAAUGGUGUACAAGGAGAUGAUUACACCUAUGCGAUUCUUAUGAAAGGGCUAUGCGCCACUAACAGAAUCCAAGAUGGAUUCAAGCUUCUGCAAGUGUUGAAGAGUUGGGACACAAAACCAAACAUUGUGAUCUACAACACACUGAUGCAUGCCCUUUGCAAGAAUGGGCAGGUUGGGAGAGCAAGGAGUUUGAUGAGGGAAAUAUCUGAACCUAAUAAUGUCACUUUCAAUAUCUUGAUUUCUGCUUACUGUAAAGACGAUAAUUUAGUGAACGCACUGGUGAUGCUGGAGAAAAGCUUCAACAAAGGGUUUGUUCCUGACGUUAUAACAAUGACUAAGAUAGUUGAAAUUCUAUGUAAGAAAGGGCGUCUGUCUGAGGCUGUUGAGAUCCUUGAAAGAGUAGAGGGGAAGGAAGGGGCGAUUGAUGUUUUGGCUUAUAAUACAUUGAUCAAAGGCUAUUGCAGGUCAGGGAAGGUCAAAAUCGGGCUUCGCCUUUUGCAUGAGAUGGAGAAGAAAGGAUGCCUACCAAAUGCAGACACAUAUAAUGCAUUGAUAUCUGGUUUAUGUGAGUGUUCUAUGUAUGACAUGGCCCUUGAUAUUUUUAAUGAAAUGAAAAUGGUUGGGUUAAAGUGGAAUGCUGCCACUUAUGAUGCUUUAAUUCAUGGGCUUUGCUUCGGUGGGAGGAUUCAAGAUGGGUUCAAUAUCUUAGCUUUAAUGGAGGAUAACAAAAUGGAGGGUCACAUAAGGCCUUAUAAUGGAAUCAUCUAUGGCCUUUAUAAGGAAAACCGUUUGGAUGAAGCGUUAGGAUUCUUGAGGAAGAUGGAGAAUACUUUUCCACGUCUAGUAGAUAGGAGCCUGAGAAUUCUUAGGUUAUGCGAAGACGGAUGUGUUGAUGAAGCUAAAAACACUUACAUUCAGAUGAUCGAAGAAGGUAGGGUUCCGUGUGCUCUGGUUUAUGCCAACCUAAUCCAUGUGUUUUGUGUGAAAGAACGGUUAAGGGAAGCGACUCAGGUAAUGAAUGAGAUGGUCAGGCACGGGUAUUUGCCCAUUGCUUCAACUUUCAACGCUCUAAUCAAAGGGCUUUGCAGGAAGGGUAAAACUGGGAAUGCCUUGAAAUUUAUGGAGGAUAUUGUGAGUAGAGGUUUCUUUCCUGAUAUAGAAAGCUAUAGUCUGUUUCUUGAAGCCCUUUGCAGCAAAGGAGAGUUCCACAAUGCGUUCAUCGUCUUUCUACAAAUGGUGGAAAAGGGUAUUAUUCCAAACUCUUCUUCAUGGAAUAUGUUACUUCAAUGUUUGCAUGAAGAACACCAUAGUAUGUGCCGCGUGGGUAACCACCAACUCUGUUCCAUUAUAGAGGCUUAAUCAUUUUUUAAGUUUUGCCAAAAGGGAAAACUUAAUGUAUAUAUGUAUUAUCUGUAUACAUAAAAGCACCACAUCUCAAAAUUUUCCAUUUCCCCACCCAUUGCAUCUUUAAUUAGGGCCGUCCGUUCAAAUCACCCGCAACUUCCUUUCCUUUGUAACUUCAUUUGAUAAACCAUUAUUUGUUUUGUUU